GAUGCUUUAGAUAAAAUUAGAGCAAGUAUCAAAUAUGUAAAAGCAUCAGAAACAAGAAUGAUCAAGUUUAAGGAUUGUGCACGAAAAGUUGAUAUUGAAUUUACUACUUCAUUGUGCAUGGAUGUGCCUUCACGUUGGAAUUCCACGUAUUUGAUGCUUGUCAGUGGAAUUAAAUACCACCGAAUAUUUUGUAUGCUUGAAUGUGAUGAUUUAGCUUAUAAGCAUUGCCCAACAGAGGAAGAGUGGGAAAGAGGAAAAGUGAUGAGUGAAUUCUUGGAGCCAUUUUAUGAAAUAACUAAUUUAUUUUCUAGUUCAUCCUAUCCUACUUCCAACCUGUAUUUUAUGGAAGUAUGGAAUAUUGCUCAAUUGUUGGAGAUGAAUUCUAGAAGUCACGAUGAAGUGGUAUGGUCUAUGUCUCUUUUGAUGAAAUCAAAGUUCGAGAAAUAUUGGGAAGAUUAUAGCGACACUCUCUCCAUGGGAGCCGUGUUUGAUCCAAGAAUGAAGUUAAAACUUGUGAAGUAUUGUUACUCAACACUUGAUCCUGUUUCAAGUCAGGACAAAGUCAAUAGGUUGAAGAUAAAAUUGUAUACUCUGUACGAUGAGUACCAGAAAAAAAAAGUGUUGAUGCAUCUUCGAUUAAGAUUCCUCAAUCUAAUGGAAGUUCUAAUUCCGAAGUUGGAGAGUCUAAAUUCAUGGAAGGGGGAGUAAGGAAAGCAUUGAGAAUGAAAUCAAGAGUACUUGUUGGAUAUAAGAGUUAUAAAGGUCUAACUUCUGAUACAAAGUCAGCAUUGGAUGUAUAUUUGGAAGACCUCCCGAUGGAUGAAGAUGCUGGAAUCGAUUUGCUUAAGUAUUGGAAAGAGAAGUCAUCCCGUUUUGGAGUACUUGCUAGGAUGGCGUGUGACGUGCAGUAUUCCUAUAACAACGAAGAUGGAGAUUCUGAAGAUGAUGAGGAGGAAGCUAAUGCCCAAGCUGAAGUGUCAAAGCUUAUAGACUUGGAAGAAUGUCAUUCAAAUAUUUAG